UCUUAUGAAUGUGAUUUGCUUAAGAGAUUCGACCAUUAACUACUUCCAUUAAUAUCCUUCUUUUUUAUCUAAUUUUUAUUAGAUUUUGAGAAAGGAGUGUAUCUGCUAUAUUUAUUCACGAGGAGUUUUGAACCUUUUUUUUUCUUUUCUUUUUCUUUCCUUUUCAUUCUUUUUCCACUUUAAUAGGGUGUUAUAGUGAAUUUGUGAAUUUUUUUUAGUACUCAUCUUCUUCUUCUUUUUGGUUUGGCUCUGUGUGCUUUAUUGAUGAAGAACCCGAUUCUGUGUACUAAUCGAAACACCUAUCUUUACUUUUUUUCCUUCUGUUUUUUUCGAUCUUCUUCCUUUUUCUUUUUUGUGGGCUUGAUUUUUCAUUAAUGUUUAUCAGAGAAGAAAACGGAGAUAUUUGCAAGACAAGAUUUUUUUUUUUUUUUUGUAAAACCCAAACCCACUUUUUCAGUUUUCCGAAUCGAUUUUUUUUUUUUUGGUAUUUCCUUCCUUUCUCUCUCAUUCCCCUUGUAUUUGUACACUUUCCUCUUCUACGCAAUUUCAUUGUCUCUUAUCACAUAACGAAACAUUUUUACCAACUCUGCUUUUUCUUCUUCUUUAUCAUCGUCUUCGUCUCUAACCUUUUGUUUCACUCUUCUGUGACUGAAGAAGCUGAAAUUGGAGAACCCAUAUACAAAAAUAACGAUCUGGGUUUUUCUUUCGGGCUCGAUUUCCUGAGUUAGACGAUUCUUUUAAGUCAUCCCAAAUAUGGACAAAGCACGGGACGUGAGGCGUGGAGCCACUCGGUUCAAACAUACCACACAUAAACUCUGUGUGGAUGGUGGUGGUGAGGAAGUCUUGUCUUCCUUAAAAUCGAAGAAAGAAAAGGUAAAGAAAUUGAGUGCUGUUGUUGGUAGAUCGAGUUCCAGCCAAGAAGAUUGCGAGAUGGGUUUUAAUGUAUCUGAUAAAGAAGAUGAGCUACGCAGUCCAAGUGCUAGCAACAAAUUUCAACUUUCGAAAAAGUUUUCUGACGACGGAAAUGGCGUUGGCCAGGCUUCUGUUCCCCGAAAGCUACGGUCAGCUAUGAAGAAGCGUGGUCGUGAUUCUGUAUCUCCUCCUUUAUCAGAUUCGAAGAAGAAAAUCCAUACCAUUACUGGAAUCCAUUCACAAGAAAUGUCUGCUAUUAAGAAACCCAAGUCAAUAUUGAAACAAAAAGUAUCAAACAAACCAACAGUUUCUAUGCCAAUCACAAAAGAUGAGGAAGAAGUGGCUGAAACGUUGUAUGCCUUGGCUCGUAUGUUCUCCAACAACAACUCAAAUGAUAAAUCCAAACGAGACACUCAAUCUUUACAACCAAAUCCUUCAAAUUUUCCUGAGUCAAAGCCAGCAGUUGAAGCAAAGGAUAAUGUAAUAAACUCGACUCUUCCAUUAAGGACUAAAGAUGAUCCCUCAUCUAGUGCUGACAAAUUAAAUGAAAUGGUUAAAGUUGAUUCCUCGAAUAAACCAAAUAGUCAAUCGAACCCAAUUUCGCUUGACGAUUAUGUUCCUCGAGUGAAUCCGUUCACACAAUCCUAUGUCCCUAAGAGUGAACAACAGUUGAAUGUGAAGCCAUUGAACAGUUGUUCUGCUAAGUUUCGUAUUCCCUCUGAGGUUCACUUAGAUACUAGAUUUAAGCAACCCCAGCAAAAGGAUCCCUUAGUUAUGGAGAAGGAAAAACAAAUUUGGUUGGGGAAGAACGCACCUAUUUUGAGCUCCAAGAAAGCUGGAAUGGGAUCAUUGCCUGGACCGUCAUCAACCAUUUCACAAGGUGCUAGAGUUAAUGAUACAUGUACACCGUUACCAACUGCUAAAAUUCCAGCUUGGCUUGAUGUUCCAUCUUGUUCCCCAAGAACUAACCCAGUGGUCCAAAAUCAGUCAAUUAGAAAGGUUUCUAAAGCUCCCGUUAAAAGAAGACUAUCUAAGAGAUGUGCAACUCAUGUGUACAUAAGUCAGUUAAUUCAAGCUUUGAAAAAGUCUGGAUACGAAGACGUGCUGAGCCUGCCAAAAAAUCAAAAGAGAUCUCACGAAGAAGGAUUAAAACAAGGGGUUGCAGUCACCCUUAACAACAAUAUGUAUGGUGAAAAGAAUGAUGAUUUAAAUGGACUUGUUUCUGAUCCCACCGUCACUAAUGCUGUUGCCAAUAAAACUAAUUCAAAUGGAGUUAACAAUGGUAUUCUUCAGCAAAGAUUCAAUCAAGAUCAACCACUGCAGAAGCAGAGGAGUUUCGAUUUCCUGUCGUUGUCAGCUGGAUCUAGUAGAACUAGAAACGUAGUUGAGCCAUUGUCUUUGUCUCCACUCCAAGUUCCUUACCCUCAUUCACUCGUGCAAAAUCAAUUCCACCCACAGUCUUCCCAUAACUCAGCUUACCUUGACCAUAUUUCAUCAGCGGGGCAGGUACAUCCAUAUGGUAACCUUCUCUACCAUACUCAAGCAAGCUCAACAGGCUUAACAAAACCACAACAGCAACAAGUUUGGAGUGGUCACUAUAGGCCGGAUGACACUCCCAAAACGACGAGUAAAAUCGCAAACUGGCAAAAUGGACCAACUACUACUCAACAUCAUCAUCAUCAGCAGCAGCAGCAUCAGCAACAUCAGCAGCAGCAUUUGAUGUCCCUUCCGUCUUCACCGUUUCCUGCUGGCAAAAUGACUAAACAAGAUCACCAUAUGCCUUCUGUCUAUGAAGAACAUGGAGGAGGGUUCCGUGCUAGUUCUCUACCAUUGCAGUUACUCUGUCAUGAGCGCCGUUGAUUGGGCGUUAGAAGAAGGAAGGAACGAAAAAGCAUGAAGACCAGACAAAUGUUUAAUUAGGAUAAACAAUAUGUAAAGAAGAAAGAAAAAGUAUAAAUAAUUUUAUUUGGCAGCUCCCAGCACAGAACAGAACAGCCUUUUCUUCUGUAAUUCAUUAUAAUACAAGUAAUGUUAUAAAUGUUAUUUGAAUUA